CACAUAUUUUUUUUUUAAUUUCUUGACUGCAUUAAUUUUAAAUUUGAAAAUAUUUCGAUUAAUAACUAAUUAUCUAACUAAAUUUACUAAUUUCAGUUUAUUAAAUAAUAUUUGUAAAAUAAGAAAUUAUUUCCCAAAAAAAAUAAUCCAUUAUAAUUUAAUUGUAACUUUUGAUUAAUUUUUAAUUUAUGAAAUAUUUUUCAGAUGGUCAAUGAUGAUUUUUUCCCCAAUAUUGGAAGCAAUUGAAGUACUACAUUAUUUUUUAAAUUUAAGACAAAGUAUUCACGAAGAAGAAUUAAUUUCAAAAAUAUCGGAUACUAUUUUUAGCUUCAGUGGAUCUGACGUCCCCCGCACACACAAACUCUGGGUCACAUUACCCCCCGGCCAACCAUAUAAGAUCAGCAUGAAAACUAUUUUAAACACGAAACGCUUGCUUCCACAAUUGGAUCGGAAACUUCGACGAAUGAUUAUCCCAUUAAAAAAAAAGAAAAUAAUACAACUUGAAAAAAAUAACUAUGACAACAAUGAAAUGACAGAUUUUGGAAAUGAUUUUAAUAAGAGAAAAUUCAAGGAAACGGAUUUUUUCCUCGAAGUUGAUGUCACCGAAAGUUUACAUGCGGCAAUGUCAAAAAUUCCACAUUUAAAAAAUGUUGAUUAUGAAUCAGACGCUGAAUCCGAUUCCAAUGCAUCGUCAUUUCUAAAUAAUAAUUAUAAACGUCAUGCUUCAAAAUCAAAAAAUAAUAAUGGUGAACAAUUUUUCAAAGAUUCAUCGUCAAUGGAAUGGGAAUCAUUUGUAGAAUUGGGAGCUUUUACCAAACUUUUAGUCGCUUUAAAACCAGAUUGCUUAAAAUUUACCGAAUCAACGGAAACAUCAAUUGCCGAUGUUAUUUUGAAAUUAAAAUAUCUCCUCGAAUAUUGGAAUGUUGAUGAUAAAAAGAUGAAGACUAUUUUGACAAAUGACAAUUCUUUGAUAAAAUGUGAACAAUGUGGAGUUAUUAGUUUAAAUAAGAAAAGAAAAUAUCGCACAAUUAGCAAACCCUUAGAAAAAGGAUCUCGUAAUUUUCUAACUUCCAGGUAAAAAAUUUAUUUA